AGUAGGAGAUCACAAGGUUUCAUUUUCACUUUUGUUUGCUACUCCACUAUUUGUCAGAAAAAUUAUACUACUCCUGUACUAUUUUUCUCGUUUGCCGUGUCACCGCGUGAGUUGCGCGGGGUGGAGUGUGGAGUCGACUUGACUCCCAAGUCCACUUCCCUCCAUAAAGCGAGCUCGGAGCGCAGCCACAGCAGUGUAGAGCGCAAGCACAGCGACGGCGAGCAACCGCGGUGACCGGAGAAGCGUACUACGUGUAUACCGGCGUCGGUCGAUCGACGGCAAUCGGCCGGAUUCCGGUGUGAUUGGCUCACCGGCGAUAUGCACACGAAGCGUCCGCUGCCGGCACAGGCGCCACCAGCUGGGCUUGUCCUGGUGCCCGCGCCCAAGCGCCCGCAUGUGGAUGCUGCUGCCGGCGGCGGCGGCGGCGUGGCGUCGCCGCGGGGGAAGCGGCAGCUUCGCUCCGGCAUGCUCGUCCUCUUCUUCGUCGCGCAAGUCAAGGAGGAGAUGAGAUACAACCAGCGACUUCGUCGAGUGAUACGUGGAGAGAAUGCUAUUUCCCAGCAAAGGGCAAUCGAAACAUUUGAUUGUGUCUUUCAGAAAGCAUUUGACAAUGCCUUCCAGAAGCAUCUUGAUCCAAUUUACCGCUCCCUUCAAUCCCUUAACAAGCGCACUGAUAUUCUCAGCCAUGAAGUGGAACAAAUCAAACAUUCAAAUUCUAACCAUCAUGCUAAUCAGCAAUACAGAUCAAAGGCAAAUCAAGAGUCUGCUGCCAUCACUGAGGAAGUGAAUCAAGAACAAACAGCUGCUAGAUUUGUCGCGAGUGAAGCUCAGGAGGGGCAAAGAGUUGAGUUGAGGUUCCUCAAUAAGUUGAACCCUCUUGUUUUUACAAAGGAAAAAAUUACAGCGGAGGAUGGUACAGCUAUCAAAAUUGCCAUAGUUAGGGAUAAUCAGAUAAUUACAUCUGGUCCACUUUCUUCUGCAAGAAUUGAAAUUUUGGCUCUCCAUGGUAACUUUUAUGAUGUUGUCCCUGAUAAUUGGACCGAAUCUGAGUUUGAUCACCGCAUAGUAAGUAGUUCACAAGGUCCCGCGUUAGGAGGGGUUUGUCAAGUCAAGCUGAAGAAUGGGGAGGCCUCUCCUUCUGAUGUAUUUUUCAAUAUACCAUCUUCGAAGACUGAAAGUGGAAGGCUCAUUCUAGCAGCAAAAGUUCAUACAAGUGACAUUGGUGGGCUUCGAAUUAAGGAAGCUGUGAUGAUGAAUCCUGUUGUGGUGCAGGUUUACCGAAACAAACUAAAUAGAAGUAGUGACCGUCCGAAGCUAAAAGAUGAAGUACAUCGUUUAAAGGGAAUUUCAGGAAAGGGAUGCCGCACCAAAUGGCUUAAAGAUAAUCAAAUCAACACUGUGGAAGAGUUCGUAAAGGCUUUAAAUAAGGAUGAAGAAAAGAUCCGCAAUGAGUGUUUCAAGCUAAAGAAGGAUAAUAAGCUUUGGAAAGAUACAAUUAAACAUGCUAAAGAGUGUGAUCUUGAAGGGAAUUGCAAGCUGAAAUUAUAUAGAGCUGAAGAGCAGCAUGUUGUACUCUUCUUUAACUGCGUGCAUGACCUCGUUGGUGCGAAAUUUCGUGAUCACUAUGUUGCAAAGGACAAUUUCAGUUCAGAUCAACAGGAUGCAGUGAAUCGUUUGAAGAAACAAGCAUAUGAUGAGCUGGAUAGCAUUGGCUUUGAUCACGAAAUGAAAAAUAACUAUCCGGUGAUGACGCUCAGUGAUGAUGCUUACAUUCCCUUCAUUGACACAGCACAAAAUCCUCCAGAUUUGCAUGUUACAUUUCAAGGAGCUGAGAUUUAUCAUGCACAUGAACUGCCUCAAGCAUUUCCUAACAACAAUAAUGAUUUUGGACAACACUUUUUACAUGGCUUUCAAGGUGCUCUGACUCAGAUGGACCAUGACUAUGCGCAAUUUGGCAUUGCUGAUAUGCAGUGUUAUACUACACAGGCACCUGAAGGUACCUCUUAUGGAGGCAACAACAUGAUCGGACCAGCAAAUGUACCGCAGAAUGUUAUUGGUGACGGCUCUAUGGACAUGUUUGACUGUUAUGCAUACAUCUUUCCGGACAAUGAGAACCAGAAUGAGAGGCCUCAUAGCUCUGCAUAUCCAGGACCAGUUUAACUGAAGGCUUUGUUGCCAGCUAGUAAUCUAUCAUGAUUUCUGAUUAAUUUCAUUCUUUAUUUAGAUAAUGGAUAUUUUAUUGUUUUAUUCUUGAUGGAUGUAUUACUUUCAAGAAAUAUUCUUGCUGUAUGUAUUAGCAUUUGUUGAUGCAGAAAAUUGAACUGUACUAGUACUUAUGUUUCAGAAAAAAAAACAUCGACUGUUAUGUUACAUAAUUCAACUGUUGUAUCACACUACGGUUUCAGAACUCCUUCUAGUACUAUUAUUUACUAGUUA